AACAGGAGAUUUAAUUAAACAAAAUCCACAAGAACGUGAUUUGGGGAGGAAAAUCAACCUCGUCCCACUCAAGAUGAUGGUGCUACUUUUACACCUCCAAGGCUAUGAAUAUUCAGAAGUGUAUAUUAAAACAAUAAACAAUGAAUCGAGUUGCUGCUAAAGGUAUUGGUUUGGGAAUUUGUGUAAUCAGUGCUUGGACAGUCAAAUCAUAUUUAUUAGACCAGGGUCAACUACAGCAUGUCAAAGCAUCUCCUGAUGUAUCAAUAAACCCAUAUCAAACCCCUCUACCAUCAAGGUCAGAUCUGUUAACAUCAUUAAAAGAUAGAGAAACAGAGUAUGAUGUCCUUGUCAUUGGUGGUGGUGCUACAGGGUGUGGUGUAGCUCUGGAUGCAUGUUCACGAGGUUUAAAAACAGCGUUAGUUGAGAAAUAUGAUUACUCAGCAGGCACAAGUAGCCGAAGCACAAAACUCAUUCAUGGCGGAGUAAGAUACUUGCAAAAAGCAAUCAUGAAACUGGACAGAGAACAAUACCGUAUGGUGAAAGAAGCUUUACACGAGAGAGCAAAUUUACUGGCUAUCGCACCACACAUAGCAACCCCUCUUCCAAUCAUGUUGCCAGUAUACAAGUGGUGGCAAGUUCCUUACUUUUGGGUUGGUAUAAAAAUGUAUGAUCUUGUAGCGGGAAGACAGCAGGUCAAAAGCAGUUACUUUAUGGGAAAAAGAAAAGCUCUUGAAAGUUUUCCAAUGUUAAAAUCAGAAAAUCUGUGUGGGGCUAUAAUUUAUUAUGACGGUCAACAAGAUGAUUCAAGAAUGAAUUUAGCGAUUGCAAUGACUGCAAUUCGAAAAGGUGCAACUUGCGUCAAUCAUGUUGAAGUAACAAGAUUACUAUUCAAGAAAGAUGAUAACAAUCAUACAGAAACGGUUUGUGGUGCGCAUAUACGAGAUACGCUUACUGGUGAGGAAUGGGAUGUGAAAGCAAAAUGUGUUGUGAACGCUACUGGACCUUUCACCGACGCUAUCAGAAAAUUAGAUAACAAAGAAUCGAUGAAUAUUUGUCAGCCUGCUUCUGGUGUGCAUGUUGUCUUACCAGAUUACUAUUGCCCAAAAGACAUGGGAUUGCUUGACCCAUCAACAAGCGAUGGGCGUGUUAUAUUUUUUUUGCCAUGGGAAGGUAAAACCAUUGUUGGAACCACUGACAAAAAAUGUGACGUCACGUAUAAUCCAGAACCGUCUGAAGAAGAAAUACAGUUCAUUUUGAAUGAAGUCAAACGAUAUGUCAAUCCUGAUAUACAAGUUCGUCGUGGUGACGUUUUGUCAGCUUGGAGUGGUAUCCGACCUUUAGUUGUAGAUCCAUCAUCUGCUGAUACACAGUCAAUAUCUCGUAAUCAUAUGAUCAAUGUGAGUGACAGCAAAUUAGUAACAAUUGCCGGUGGUAAAUGGACAACUUACCGAUCAAUGGCUCAAGACACGGUUGAUACCGCAGUGAAAGCUUGUAAUUUAAAUCCAAGUGGAGAAAGCGCCACUGAUGGUGCUUUACUCGAAGGUGCCGAAGGCUGGACACCGACGUAUUAUUUGCGACUGGUCCAAGAUUAUGGAUUCGAUCCUGAGGUUGCGAUUCAUUUGUCGCAUGCAUAUGGCGUGAAUGCGCCACAAGUGGCAAGAGUCGCUGCCUUAACUGGAAAUCGCUGGCCUGUGAUUGGUAGGAAAUUAUGUGACGAUCAUCCUUACAUAGAAGCAGAAGUUCUGCAUAGUGUUCGACGGGAAUACGCUUGUACCGCGACUGAUAUGAUUGCUAGGCGUUUACGUGUUGCUUUCUUGGACACGCAAGCAGCUGAGAGCAUCCUUCCCACUAUUGUGCAGAUAAUGGGUGAUGAACUCAAGUGGGAUAACAAAAGAAGAAAGAAAGAAAUAGAAGAAGCGAACAAAUUUUUGUUAACCAUGGCUUCUAACCACCAUCCAGCUCAAACUGCUGUCUAUAACGUAGAUAAAGAAGACAUGGAGAAAUAUGCUAAAGUGUUUCAGGACUUUGAUUCUAGGAAAAAAGGACAUAUUACACGAUCAGAAUUGUCGACGAUACUCAAACGUCUUGGUAAAACCAAAGUAUCAGACACGGAAGUAGAAAGAAUCCUAAAAGAAAUUGAUCUAGAUGCAAGCUCAACGAUAGAAUUUAAUGAAUUUUUACACCUGAUGAUGUGCAUGAAGACGGGUGUAAUUUCUAAUAAUGCAUUAGGAAUACUUGUAAACAGAAAAGAGAAAGAAAACAUUGUAUUGUAAUGUAAUGUAUAUCUUAACAUUU